AAACAAGCUGAAGAGGCUAUAAAUGCUGCUCAGAGGAUGUCGCUUCUCGUCGAAGGAAAUUAUCAACUUCAGAGCAAUCGUUAAAUCCAAGAAGAAAACUAGCAUACAAAACUCAGAGAAAAUGGCUGAAGAGGGACAAGUGAUUUCCUGCCACACCGUUCAGGGUUGGACCGAGCAGCUCGAGAGGGGACAGCAGAGCAAUAAACUGAUUGUGGUGGAUUUUACUGCUUCCUGGUGUGGGCCUUGUCGUCUUAUCGCUCCAAUUCUGGCAGAUUUGGCCAAGAAGAUGCCCAAUGUCACAUUCUUGAAGGUGGAUGUGGAUGAAUUGAGGUCUGUUGCUGAGGAUUGGGCUGUUGAAGCAAUGCCAACUUUUAUGUUCUUGAAAGAAGGAAGAAUAGUUGACAAGGUUGUGGGUGCCAAGAAAGAGGAACUGCAGGCGACCAUUACAAAGCAUGCCACUUGAGGCGGCAGCGGCAUCAUAGAUGAAGCAUUCUGGGUCUUCAAUGGUCUUCAAGGAAUGCCUGCUCACUACAGUGUAGUGUUCUUAUAGAUAUAAAAAUGACACUAGUGUGUUUAUGAAAUUGCUGAACUGUGUUCUUCAUAUCGUUGUUAUUUGGUCGUAUGAGGCCAUUCCUUGGCAUGUUUAAUAUGUACUUUUUUCUAUUGCAUUGUCAUGCUCAUUAUAGGUGCAGAGCUUUCUAUGAAGAAGAUUUGUGUUGCUUGUA